UCUAUAUAUAAGUUUGAUUAACAACAUUUUUAUACUUUUUGUAAAAUCAGUUUUUUAUAUACUUUUUGUAAAACGAGCUUUUUAUAUAUUUUUUUUUUAAUAAAAAAUAGUUUAUUUUUCUUAAAUACCCUCAAUAACUUAUGUUACUGAGUAUGUAAGGUCUACAAAAUUAGCUAAGUACUAAGCGAAAUUAAAAAUAUAAAUAUUGUAAAUACUAAAAAAGCGAAAAAGUGCACGCGCUAAUGCCAUGAAGCUUUCGUCCCAAAUUCGUACCAAUGUAAAACCUUUAGUUGCGCGCCGAUCCGCUUCGAUCUUUGAUGCGCUUAAUCCCAGUUUGACUAAUCUGGAAUUGUUGGCACUGCAGAAAGCGUGGAGAAUUCUAGAACCAAAAUUGCGAACACUCUCCACCGAUAUACUUAUGGACCUCUACUCGGAGCAUUAUGAGAUUAUGGAAAAGUUUCGCGAUGAAAGGGGCAAAUUAUGUAAUUAUGAAUUGAUAAAUCACUCAAUUUGGUUGCUACGACUUUACGGCUCGAUUAUAAAUAAUAAAGUAGAUCAAUUUAAAACGAAAAAAAUACUGGAACCCUUGAUAGAGAAGCUGAAGAAGUAUUCCAUGAAUGUCGAUUCCGUAAAUCUUCAGUUGGACUGUACAACAAAAUUUAUAUUCGCUGAACUAAGGAAUGCCUUAUCGCCCACGACGAUGGAGGCCUUCAAUAAGCUCAACAAAACUAUAAUCAAAUAUGUUCAUAUAAAACUUAGCUAACAUAUUAUAUAUAUAUAUAUAUAUAUAUAUAUUUUAUAUAAAUUUGUAAAAAAAGUUGGGAAUGACGUGCUUAAACCGGCUUUAAUGGACGAAUAAAUGCAGAGGCUAAGUUGUUGCAAACGAAACUCAACGAUUGGCUAAAACACCGAGAGUGGUGAAUCGAACACCCCAUUUAUGCCAGUUGCCAUAUAUCACAUCGAUGAGAUAUCCAUAUAUUGCCUUGUUUUGAAAGAAACUGCCUCAAACAAAAGAAGAGAGGCGAGUAAAAACGAAUAGCGCCAGAAAAAGAUUGAUAUCGUGAAUUCUAUACAUUUUAAGCUAUAUAGGAUAUACAUACAUACAUACAAUGUGUAAAUUAAAAAAAACUAACAAAAUUUAGAAAAUAAAUUCAACAGUAAUAACAUAAAUUAAUUGCUACAGUUUUUUAAGUAUCGAUUUUCUUAUGUUCGAAUAAUUAAAAGUCGAAUAUUGUAGAUCUAUAAUGGCAAAGUACAGCAUAGGAUUAAGAUACGAACUGUCAAACUUGCUCUUAAUUCAUCCGUGACGUCACGAACUAAAAAAACAAAAAUAGU